AGACGAACAAUCAACGGGAAGAAAGCACGGUAGCAAGAGAAAUAGACAGAAUCAUCAUCAUCGACUAACUCCUCAUUUCGGAUUCAUAUCUUCUAUAAAUCAUCCCAAAUUUGGAUUCCUGCAAAUGAGCCGAAUAGGUUAACCGGAAACUCUACCAUUUGACGAUUCCGACAAGGGGGAAGUUCCGGCCAGCAACGUCGUACCCCUGAGCUCGUCGGAAAUUAGAUAUUCUACACUUGUGGAGGAGGGCUAAAGGGUAAUUUGUGUGCGGAAAAUGUCAUUGAGAAUAAAAACAGUAGUAGACAAGUUUGUUCAGGAGUUGAAGGACGCACUGGAUGCAGACAUACAAGAUAGAAUCAUGAAGGAAAGGGAAAUGCAAAGCUACAUUGAAGAACGAGAACGUGAAGUAGCAGAACGCGAAGCUGCUUGGAAAUCUGAGCUCUCUCGACGAGAGGCAGAGAUAGCUAGACAAGAAGCAAGGCUGAAAAUCGAGAGAGAAAAUCUUGAGAAAGAGAAAACCGUGCUGAUGGGAACUGCAUCGAAUCAAGAUAACCAGGACGGGGCUCUUGAAAUCACUGUUAGCGGGGAGAAGUAUAGAUGUCUCCGAUUUUCCAAGGCCAAGAAGUGAAGAAAUUGAACAUUCUUCAAAUUUGUUUCCUUUUUUCUGUUGUUUCAGUAACAUAAAUUGACUUGAAUGCUGUCUUAAUCAUAAUGGAGAUCAAUGAAUUCACUUUUCAAUCUAACAUUUUUUCUUAUAUUUAUUAAAAAUUUAUAAUAUUUAGGAAUUUGAUUGUA